UCUCAUAAACUUUCGUCCAAGCGACACAGCUGUGAAUUGCGCAUACCAAGCUAAAUUACAUUUGCAUCGGUAUCUUACCCUAGUAUUCAGACGGCAAGCGUUUAGCCGAAAAAUGGCGGAUGCUGGCACGCCCAUGACCACUGGCGUUUCCAAGACGCCAGCGGAGUUCCUGAAGGCCAUUAAGGGCAAGGCUGUGCUAGUUAAGCUGAACUCUGGGGUGGACUACCGAGGCAUCCUGGCCUGCCUGGACGGCUACAUGAACAUCGCCAUGGAGCAGACCGAGGAGUACGUCAACGGGCAACUGAAGAACAAGUACGGAGAUGCUUUCAUUCGCGGGAAUAACGUGCUGUACAUCAGCGCAAUCAACAAGUCGGCGUCAUAGCGGUGCGGUGGGGGCGGAAGCAGGAACAGUGGAGGCAGGAAGGGUGGAGGCAGCGGCAGUGGCAGCGGGCCCGGGCGCCUAAGGGCCAUGUGUCAAGGCAAGGACUGUGCAUGCUUUCACAGGCCGUGAAACGUGGCGCUGUCAGCGAGGAUGGUGGUAGUGACGGCGAUGGUGGUAGUGACGGUGUACAACAAUGGUGUACAGGCCUGUGGCAGCACAGGGUGUGCGCACGGUCCGGUGAGGCCGCGGUCACGAGUCAUGGCGACGUCGUCGCUGCCAGCUCAGGUGUAUUGGAGGGAAAGGAGCGCGUACGCCUUGGCGUAUGCGUGAAGGUGGAGGGUCGGUGCUGGGGUGUGUGCGGGAGGCGUUUGUGGGAUAUUGUGCACAGGAGGAGAGGCGGACCACAGUUGCGUGCCGCGCACGCGGGUGCUACUUGACUGCACUGGUGGUGCAUAUGGUUGGACAG